UAUGGAGGUGCUGACUCUGUUUGGACUCCAAAAGAAGUCUAAUACUGUAAGACUGGUUAUCCUUCACUUACUCGUAGUACUUUCCCAAAGUCACAUACCUUCCCCCCCUGUUCUCCCAGUCCGGAUAACCGUACCCUCCCAGUGGCAGUCCUUGCCCCUCUCUCAGGCAGAUUUGGGUCUUCUUUUCACCAACUCCAGCCCGUUUUCUUUCACUCAGUCCCUGUUACUCGUGCCUUCAUCAGGAGCUGCCUCCAAACCUCUUCUCCACGCUGCUUUUGGUUCUUACACCAUCACUCAGAUGAUGUCUGAACCCAUUCCUCCAUUAUCUCCAUCUCUCACUGCAUCACUCCUUUCUAAAACUGUUGUGAAAGAGAUUGAUGGUGAACAAGGAGACAAGUUUAAGGUGCGAGUGCUGUUUCAUAUGAGGGGUGAUCCUAACCAGGGCACGUGUGUUACCCUUCAUGCUUUCAAACAGACUGAAGAGCAGAAAGCCUCCUGCAUCACUCAGCCACCUUUUGGCCUGUGUGUGGUUACUCUGACGCUUCCAGAUGAUUGGUUAGAGACUAACCAGAACGUUGAGCCAAACCUGGACCAAACUUACCAGCAAAGUCACUUAAGCAGACACCGUUCUCGAAAGCGUGGAAAGCGGCAUCAAUAUACAGCAAGAGGAAUCAGGGCCAAAUCUGGUAUCGAGCUUAAUAAAAUUCAUCUUUACUAUUCCUCCUCCUUCGGCAUUGCAUUGAACCCCAAAGUUGGACUGCAUCGGUCAGAGACGCAGCUGCACUACAUCGGACCUGUGGGACUUGAAGAAGAGAGGAAAGAGACAAACAAGACCAAGCAGAGCUGUGCAUGUUUAGAUGGACAAGCGGAAGAGAAACUAUGGCUGGAUUCCAAUGUGCUGAUUCUCUAUAGCAAAGGUCCAAUACAUGUGGGACGACCAGUCAGAGUCUCAGUAAACCUGAGAGAAACUAUCAAUGGGGAGUCAUUGAUUGUUAGGCUGAAAUUAAAAAAAGGAUUGUUGUCUCUGGACGUCUACCCAGCCACAAACUCCGACCUGUGGACUGUUAACGUAGAGAAGACUACAGGUUCAAAACAUGAUGUUAUAUCCAUCAUAAGCCACAUGACUGGUAGUCUUCCUUAUUAUACUGGGUCUUCUGCUUUGAAUCAGGUAGCGUGUCUCUCUCUUGACGGUUUACACAGAGGCUUUGGAGUAGCAAUGACUGUCACCGCUAGCUGGUGGGUGGAGUAUUUCGGUCGAAAGUCUGCAAUUUUGCCACAAAGGGCAGCCACAAGCUCUUUCUCAUUUAUCGACAGAGAAUUGGUGGGGAUCGCCCCCAUUACAACGAGCAACACUAUUAUCAACACCGCCAUCUUAACAAGUCAGCCUGUGUCACUUCCUGUCAUUGUCCUAGCAGUGGGCCAAGAUGGCAAAGUAAUUGAUGUGACCACCGCCGUGAAGUGUCAAUCAGCCAAUGAAGACAUAAUUAAGGUGUCUCAUGACUGCUCUGUGCUUUUUGUGGACGGGAGUGAAUCAGGAAUAGGCAGCAUUUGUGUGGAGGUGGAGUUUUCUUUGGGAAAAUUCAGUGGCUCUUUGUGCUUGGCUGUGUGGGCUCCUGCGGUUCCUCUCCGUGUGUCUCUCUCCGACCCUGUCCUAAGUCCCAUCAGUGGCUGGAGCUACUACAGUGAGAGCAGGUGCACACCAGUUUAUCAAAGAUCCACCAUACAGAUUUUGGCACGAUUCAGUGCCCAAUCGGGAGCUCAGGGAGGCCAACCGACCUACAUGCUCGGCUCACCUGACUGGUUUGUGGAUGUGACUGAACUUGUUAAGGACUGGCUGAGGAUAGAAAACCCACAUAUUGUGGCUUUUGAUAAGCAGAAGCAUUUGGUCGGCUUAAAGCCUGGAAUUACUUCAAUAUAUGUUAUAUCAAGUCAGUGGGACGGUGUACUUGGAAGUGCUGAUGUUACUGUGACCUCUGAACCCGUCACUGCUGGUGACCUCACUGUUCAGUUGGUGGGAGGGCUUGGCCUGUCCAUUAAUUCCAGCCCAUCUCAUCCCUCCAUUGUCACAGCAACAGUCAAUGCUCACAACACACUUUACAAUCAUGGGCAAGAAGCAUCUAUCAGUGUUUGGAUCCAGUUUUCUGAUGACACCGCCAUAUUGGUGUCUGCCUUUACUGGAAUCCCCUAUUCUCUCCAGCUCUCCUCAUUGGCUGACUCUGUGGUUACCGUGACACCUGUGCCAUUCCAGCGCAUCCUGGCAGAAGGUGAUGGCGGGGGACCUCUCGUAAAAGCCGAGCUGCUGAUCACCACCUGUGAAUCGGUAUCUAACCACAUUGAACUGGAAACUAUCCAAGAAGGAAGUGAAACAAGAAGAUUGGCUAAAGGUUCUGGCUGGAUAAGGGUGAAUCUGAACAUGGACGUCUGGUCAAUAGAAAGCGAGGAAUCCAACUUUGAGAUGUUCGAUGUGACUGAUAUGCUUGUUGACUCUAACAAGAAUCUGUAUGAGGAUUUUGAAGAUGAUGAAAUUACUGGCAAUUCCACCAGUGAUUAUGAUGUUGGUGAUGGAAAUGAUAUGUUGAAAAGAAAUAACUGGGAGCAGGCAGUUCUGAUACCCAACCAUGAAGAGAGUGCAGUGUAUUUCCCUCCUGGGGAAGAGAAAGAGAGAGAAGUGAAAACUGUUGAUAGACAAUUAGAGAUUGGCAUUGGAUCUGUGCUUUCUCUUCUUUUUCUCUCUUUUCUCCUUUUCCUGGUCAGCUGCCUGCCGUGUGUAUUUAAAGAGCAGAGGAACGGAGGAGCACGAGAGGGAAAUGUAAACAACAUUGUGGAAAACGAAGAAACUGUGGAAGAGCUAAAGAGAAAAACAUAAGGUGAAGUGAGAACUGGAAUUGACAGAAUAGAAAGAAAAUGACUUUAUAUUUCAGAAUGUCUUAGGAAAAUGUCCUAAAAAAGUAAAUAAUUAUUUGUAUUUUUACUUAAUAAUCUGAUUCAUUGAUGUACCAAUCAACAAGAGAUAUAAGAAGGCCUACAUAAUUUUUAAUUAUUGUUCAGUAUUGUUUGUUUUUGGAUAUUCUUUGUAAUUUUUGUUAAUAAUGUCUAAAUACAUCAGUUCAAGAAAAAGACUACAUGCGACUACACAAUAUUGAAGUAGAAAUUAAUCUUUUUUUCUUCAAACUCAUGUUAUCUUUUAUUAGAGCAAUCUCUCGGAAUCAAAUUCACACAACAAAAGAAUAUACAUAGAGACGUACUAAAGAUACAUACUAAACCAGACAGCUAUCACUCCCUGGUGGUCUAGUGGUUAGGAUUCGGCGCUCUCACCGCCGCGGCCCGGGUUCGAUUCCCGGUCAGGGAACGAUUCUUUUUUCGUAUUGAAUAUGUUCUGAAUGCAGUUUCCCAGUCCUGUUUCUGGAGGCACAUCAACAAUUCACGUUAUUUUCCGUUAUUUUCCACUCUCUACUAACGAGUGGAUUAAGGUGUGUUGAAACCAUAACGUUAGACUGUAAAAAAUAGGCUAGGUUGAAACAGUUCAAAAAUAUUUAGUGUUGGCAUCCAGGAACUGGGGAAACACUGAUAUAAUAACAUUCCUUAAAUAUUUAAAACGUAGUUAUAUUGGCAAUAAUUUACAAGAGAAACCAACGAUUUUACGUGUGUAGAGUUGUAUUACCGCCAUAAACGCUUCAAAGAUCUGAAAGAAUGCAACCGAAGCGAAAGCAACAGCAGAGUGGCGCAGCGGAAGCGUGCUGGGCCCAUAACCCAGAGGUCGAUGGAUCGAAACCAUCCUCUGCUAAGCAUUUUCUACAAAGCUAAAAUUUUAGUUCGUUUGCACACUUAUUUUACUUGUAAUGUAAAGAUUAUAUUUAAAGCGACCUAACACGACCACGCUCCUCCCAAACUUAAAUAAACGUCAUUUAUUGA